CGAUCAACCAACCUUCUUUUCUCCUUCCUACGCUUCGAUUCUUCGACUUUGGUUUUGAUUUCUCCAAGUGUCUUCUCAAUGAUGAAGGGUUCGAAGAUGGUCGGACCGCUGCUGAUGCAGCUGGCUCCACGCCUCUUCUCCACGGCGACCACCUCCCGUCUGGUCACCAGCGAGCCGCUCCUCACCGGGACUACCAGUUUCCUCUACGCUGCACCGGCAAGGACGAGCGUGGCGUCGAUCAGGCUUCCGGUGUUGGGGGUACGGAAUGGGAGCACCGGAGCUUUGGGUGGAGAUGAACAAACGCGGAACGGGCUACAGACCGAUUCAACCGGUGGCACUUCCGGUAGCCCCAGUGACAAGCCGAAGCCAAUCGUAAGUUACUGGGGGCUAGUUCCCUCCAAGGUCACCAAGGAGGACGGCACGGUUUGGAGGUGGAACUCCUUUCGGCCAUGGGAGACCUACCAAGCGGACCUGUCAAUCGAUCUGAAGAAGCAUCACGAACCGAACAAGUUCCUAGACAAAAUGGCUUACUGGACUGUCAAAACUCUCCGAUACCCAACCGACCUUUUCUUUCAGAGGCGAUACGGGUGUCGGGCAAUGAUGCUAGAGACCGUGGCAGCAGUACCGGGCAUGGUGGCAGGGAUGCUGUUGCACUGCAAAUCACUAAGGCGAUUCGAGCAUAGUGGGGGUUGGAUUAAGGCUCUGUUGGAAGAAGCAGAGAACGAGCGAAUGCACCUGAUGACAUUCAUGGAAGUGUCUCAACCGAAGUGGUACGAGCGAGCUCUGGUCUUCACAGUUCAAGGCAUCUUCUUCAACGCCUACUUCCUUGCUUACUUGAUCUCGCCGAAACUCGCACACCGUGCUGUCGGCUACCUGGAGGAGGAGGCCAUUCACUCGUACACCGAGUUUCUCAAGGAAUUGGACAAAGGCAACAUCGAGAACGUCCCUGCCCCAGCGAUCGCCAUCGACUACUGGCAUCUGCCACCGGACUCUACUCUCCGGGAUGUCGUGCUGGCCGUAAGAGCCGACGAGGCGCAUCACCGUGACGUCAACCACUUUGCAUCGGACAUACACUUCCAAGGACAGGAGCUGAGGGAAAUUCCUGCUCCACUAGGGUUUCACUGAAAUCACUGAAUGGAUGGAGGGACGAGGGUAUCUAUAGUUCAGUAGAAGCUGAAGGAUAGUAUCUUCUGUCUCUUUUAAUAAAGUAGCUCUUUAAUGAGUUUUU